CCGCCGGGCCGCCCCGUUUCCGGUGUCAUGGCGGCCGGAGCGCGGCGGCAGCCGGUGUUGGGGCUAGUGCGGGUGGCGGGGCGGCGGCGGCGGGGCAGCGGGGCGAUGUGAGGCGGGGUGCCGCUAUGUCGGGGUGUGUGUGGGGCGCGGCGCCGCUGCUGGAGGCGCUAGGCCGGCUGUGGGAGGUGCAGGCGCCGCUGGGCAGCGGCUCCUCGGCCUCCGUCUACCGGGUGCGCUGCUGCGGAGACCCGCGGGCCCCACCCGGCGCCGUCAAGGAGUUCGUGCCGCCCCCGCCGCGACCCGGCCCCGCUCGCCGCCCCGGCGCCCGCCCGCCCGCCGCCGAUUGCGCCGAGUAUGGCUUCCGCAAGGAGCGGGCCGCGCUUGAGAGCCUCCGCGGGCACCGCAACAUCGUGACACUGUAUGGCGUGUUCACCAACCACUACUCUGCGAAUGGCCCGUCUCGCUGUCUCCUGCUGGAGCUGCUGGACAUCAGUGUGUCUGAGCUGCUGCUGCACUCCAGCAACCAGGGCUGCUCCAUGUGGAUGAUCCAGCACUGUGCGCGAGAUGUUCUUGAAGCCUUGGCUUUCCUGCACCACAAAGGCUACGUGCACGCAGACCUUAAGCCACGCAACAUCCUGUGGAGCGCAGAGGAUGAGUGCUUUAAGCUCAUUGACUUUGGACUUAGCUUCAAAGAGGGGAAUCAGGAUGUGAAAUAUAUUCAAACAGAUGGGUAUCGGGCUCCAGAGGCAGAACUGCAGAACUGCCUGGCGCAGGCAGGGCUCCAGAGUGAGACGGAGUGUACCUCUGCUGUGGAUCUGUGGAGUCUGGGAAUUGUUUUACUGGAGAUGUUCUCAGGAAUGAAACUGAAACAUACAGUCCAAUCUCAGGAAUGGAAGACAAACAGUUCUGCCAUCAUUGAUCGCAUAUUUGCCAGUGAAGGGGUGGUUAAUUCAGCCAUUCCAACUUAUCACCUCAGAGACCUUAUCAAAAGCAUGCUUCAUUGUGACCAAGGAAAGCGAGCCUCCGCUGAGAAGGCUUUAUGCAGCCCAUUCUUCAGCAUUCCGUUUGCCCCCCAUAUCGAAGAUUUGGUGAUGCUCCCCACGCCCGUGCUGAGGCUGCUAAAUGUUCUAAGUGAUGCUUCUCUGCAGUGUGAAGAAGAAUAUGAAGAUAUCCUGGAAGACAUAAGGGAGGAGUGUCAGAAAUACGGACCGGUGGUUUCCUUGCUUAUUCCAAAGGAGAAUACUGGUAAAGGCCAAGUCUUUGUUGAAUAUGCAAAUGCUGGUGAUUCCAAAGCUGCCCAAAAAAUGCUGACUGGAAAGAUUUUUGAUGGCAAGUUUGUUGUGGCUACGUUUUACCCACUGAGUGCCUAUAAGAGAGGAUAUCUGUACCAAAACUUGCUGUAGGCAGUAGCAACAAUCAGGAGAGUUGUCUUGCCCCUCUUCCUCACAUGUUUUACAGUUGAAUGUACAAAAGAGCUUCCUAGCCCUGCUUUUGAGUGAUCUGUGAAGGAGAGAUGCAAAAGACUUAACUGGGCUUUGAAACCUUUACUGCUGCUUUGUGAUGUGCAGAGGAGGCCAGGAUGGCUUUCAGCGUGUGCUUGUGUGUGUGUUGUGCUUGCUCGUUUACAUUGGGUGUGUGGCUUUGCCCCGGCGGGUGCUCAGGUGCCAGGAGCGGUGACACUGGGAGGCUGAGCAGAUCUUGGAUAGCGCUUUUAAGUGAUUUGAAAUGAGACCAUUUAAAGUCCUGGCCUUAGCACUUGACUUUACUCUGGAGAGAGGAUUUCUUUGUUAAGCUUUCCUAUAAUGCAUGUGCUCUUCUCCAGUGCUGGGGAGGAGGAGGAGAUGGAGGGCUUCCCUGCCUUGUGUUGGUACCUAUAGUAAAUAAAGAACCAGAGGCACCACCCUCUCUAAACUAGACCAGGAAGAUUUUUGAGUCUUCAUGUCCCAUAGAGCAGAGGGAGGCAGUGAAAUCACAUCUGCUGAGCCGACGGCAUUACCCUGUUGCCGCCUCAUGACCCAAGAAGAGCCAUCCAUCUGACCUGGCACAGGCGGUAUAUGCUGGGCUUAGGCACUGAGGGGUGGGUGAUGCUGCCUGCGGUGAGCUGAACUUGCUGCUGUACCUGGGGUGGGCGGGAACUGGUGGUGGAUACGUGUUGGCAGAUCAGUGCCAGCCUCAGUCCCAACACAACCUGUAAGCACUUUGUAGACUGAGGUGAUGUGAAAACCCUGUUGUGUGGAGUCAUCUUUCUAGCAUAUGCCCUGUGCUGGCACUGAUGCUGUCUAGCUCUGAUGCCAAAUCAUCGGUAAUACGUAAGCGUCUUUAUGUGAUAUUUUUGGAAAGGAGUGCUACAGCACGCAGUAUUCUUUGUGUCUCAGCAGGACUCCUGCCCUGCGAGUCUUCUAAAGAAAAGAACAAAUAUUUGUCUGUCGUGGGUCCCACACUUGGCUUUUGUGUUGUGCAUUUUGGUUUUGCAUUAACCCAUUAGACUUGUAGAUUAGAAGCACUGACACUUUUGGUCCUUCAUAGGUUACACAAAGGGCCUGAGGCAAUCUGAGAUCCUGUAUGGAAAGGGCUUGGUCAGUCAUCAGGCUUGACUGGCCAGGAGAAGGGCUUUCCCAGUGUCAGGGACAACAGCCACGUGCUUUGGGGGAAAAAACCUGGGCGACCAGCAUCACUGCUGCCCCCAGAGAUGCUAUUUGCUCGUGUGGCUUCAAUGCAUGGGCAGAAGCUCACUCAGGCAGCUGCAAGCAUGGGGUAGGCCGUGGCUGUUUCCCAGGGGUGUGCAAACCCAUAUACCCAGUGGAGCCUCUGUCUGCAGCGCAGAACGUAGAGGGGGACCAGCGUAUUCUGGCUUGCAGCUCUGGUACCAGUUUUAGUGAGGAAGAGAACCCUUGCGAAUUCUUUUCCCCAGCUGAAAUACUUGCGGGCAGCUGCCUGAACCACCUCUGACCUUUCCUGGAAUAAUACCUGAAUUACCUUGCAGUUUACUUUCUGCAUCUUGCUGAUGCUGGACUUGCUGGAAUCCUGCACUUAAAAGUUCCUCUUGAUUUUUGCCCUGUGUGUAGUGUAUCAGAAGAUCCGGUCUGUUUUUUAUCCAAUGAGUUUUAAGGUAUGAUUUGCUGAUCAGACUUUUUCUGGGGAUGAUGCUACUUUGGUGUACAUAGCUGUAAAGCAGCUUUGCAUAGAUGGGGUGUGUGAUUCAUUGCUUUUAAUUUAAGUGUCCUCGCAGCGAAGCACCUUUAGUGUAUGGAAGGAGUUGGAUGAUUAACUGGCUGAGGGGUUUUCCUAUGUGAAGAGCAGUGUUUAAAGUACUCUUAAGUAUUGGUGGGUAUUGACUGACCUCCUCAGCUCUGAGUUGUUGCUGUCCCUGGUGGGCUGAGCUAGGGGUGAGAGCACCUUGGCCCAGAAUGUGUGCCUAUCAGCUGGCAGAAGCUGAUCUGAGAGCUCCUGCCCUGCUGAGUGCCAGCCCACGUUGGGACAUGGGGAGCUCCCCUGGGUGUGGGGCAUGAGGUCUGUCACCUACAGCAGUACCGGGACAGGGAGAUGCAGGCCUGGCUAUCACAUGCUUUUGUCUAGGACUGAGAACUGCUCUGUCACUUUCCAGCAUAUCUCUUUUUGAGUCAGAAUUAUGCUUUGGAUUUGCAGCUCAUGAUAAAGAGCAUUGCCAGGAUUAAUCUUUAGAGAGAAGCUACAACCUGUUCCUGCAGCAUGGUAGAGCUGUUCCACCAGAAUUUGGCUGGGGUUUUGUUCAGUUGCUUUACUGGGAGCUAAAUAAAUCUUCAAGAUGCAAACUCCUGCUACCAGGCUUGAGCACUGAGCUGGGCAAAAACCCCAAAGCUGCUUUUUUUUAUUUUCCUCCUGGCAAGAGUUGAAUAUGUUGAUCUCUGUCCUGUCACUGGAUCCAGCCUCUGGCUUCCUUCUGCAGGCUGUGGGGUAGAGAGAGGUUUAGAAGCUGCUUGGAGCAGAAGUGUUUUAUCAUUGUCCCUCACCCUCUGCCUUCAAAGCCUUUUUCUGUCAAGCUGAUGCUCACUUUGGUGUCUCAGUGAUCUGGUGGCCUGGCAUAAGUUUCAGCCCUGCUAAAACCUUUGUGUUUCUUAACUCUAAAUUGUAUCUGAAGUGUUGUGUGGUGAUUCAGUCCAAGGCAUCUGUCGCAGUGUGUGCCUGGAUGGGCCUGGCUCUCCUUGUCUCCAAAUGACUGCCUGCUUGAGUUGCAGAAGUGUUGAGGCUUUCCACUCAGAUUCUUGCUGGGUUUCUCGGUCUGCGCUGCUGACACAGCUCCCUCCUAAUAGCCCCAGUAGCACCAACCUACGUAGUCCUCGCUAGGUGACAGCUAGACGUGAAAACCUGCAGGCUGCCUUUGAGGGAGAAAUCUGCUUUGAAGGGUGAAAGGGAUGAAAGAUGAAGCCUCUGGAGACAGCCAGGGAAGGCUGGCACUGCUCCGGUGGGAUGCUAGGGCAGGCACCCGGCCCUUCUCCCAGGGAGGAGGCACUCCAGGGGGCUGUGUCCCCUGGGAGUGUGUGUGUCAAUGGGGAACGUGAUGGCACUCAGCUAUUCCUUGGUGGUGUUUGGGUUUCAUAGCUGAUCUGACACGAAAUGUCACUGCUAGGCGAAGAAUAGCUGACCUUCCUCUGCCACUGAUGUCUGUGUGGGAGCAAUGAGGGAGAGAGAAAGUUCUUUGCACUUCCACCUACUUAUAUGCAAGGAGGGUAACUGGUAUUUAAAUCACUGGCCGAAGCACAAGUCAGCUUCGAUGUUAGUUGUAUUCCUAGUUUUAGUCUCACUGGUCUCCAGUCUCCUAACAACACAGCCUGAGCACUGCACUGCACCCAGGUUGUCCUUCCAGAGUGUUCUGUACUCUUCCUCCUGCCGUGCUGGGUCUGUAACCACGUGCCUCCCAUCGGGUUAGAUGUCAACUCUUGUAUCCCGUCAUGCACCGUUGCUGAGCAGAUGUGUGCUUGAUAACAGAUGAAUAAUAAAUGAUGCUUCAGUACGAA